UGCCAGCCCUGGUCUUGGGAGGGGAUUGUGAAAUGCACCAAAACGGGUAAAAGUAAGUGAGUCAUGCGCAUUCAAGCAAGGCUAUAUCGUGCACGAGGACCAAAACGUCUAAAAUGUGCGAUGAAAAACAGAGCGCCACUGAAAUUGAAACCGAUCAAACGAACUCCCAUUUGUCUUUGACAGAUCUUCCAAUCGAGAUAUUUCUCUACAUCUGUUCCUUCCUAGAUGCAUCUACAUUAGUACAUAGCUUGAGUUUAGUGUGCAAACAAUUUUAUCAAAUCUUAAAUGACAACUCACUGUGGAAAGCAAGGAUUAGUCAAAUUUGGCCUGAUACUGGUUACCCAAUCUUGCCUCCUGCUGAAGAUGAUGAGCUAUUUUGGAAGUUAUCAUGCGUUUCAUUGGAAAAGCAAACAUCAUUGUGGAAAGGGGAAAGUUCUAUGGAGACAUUAUCACUUAACAAUGUACAAUACAGUACUAUCGACAGCUUAUUAUUAAUGCAGGAUGGAAAUAUUUGUAUAUCAGGAGCUAGAGAUCGAUCUCUAGUGUGUUGGAAACUUUCUACAGAAGAAAAUUACAGCGAAAACUACAUGUGUAUAGACUUUGCUCAUGAUGGAUGGAUUUGGGAUUUGGCAGCAAUAGAUAAUACAGUCUAUAGUUGCAGCUGGGAUCAAAGUGUGAAAGCAUGGACGCUUACUAGCACCGGUCUCGUUCACUUCAAAACUUAUGAAAUGAUCGUCUCGGGUGCUUUAUUGUGCGUUGCGUCUUGUCCAGAAUUAGCUCUUUUUGCUACGGGGUCAUUUUGUAAAACUAUCUUAGUGUUUGAUCCGAGAUUAAACUAUCAACCGAUUAUAAAAUAUCGACCACAUAAAAGAGCUGUCAUUAGACUGGCCAUGAGUUCUAAUUUUAUUUUAUCCGCUAGUGAGGAUAGAACAGUGUCUAUAUGGGAUCAAAGGGCAAGCAGAACGAUGAAAAAUGUCACGAUUUCCCAGGAAUCAUUUCCUAUGAGUAUGUGUAUGCAGCAGGACAUAAUUUAUGUAGGGGAUGGUAAUGCAAAGUUGCAUGUACUUGAUCCAAAAAAAGAUUUUAAACCAGUCAAAUGUUACACUACUGAACAUAAAAAAGGUAUCAAUGGUGUUCAUGUUGCACCUGGGUGUCUAAUCACGAGUUCUAUGGACCAGACAGUUCGAAUUUCCAGUCCAACUGAUCCUCCACAACAUAUUACCACUUUAAAGUCUAGUUAUGGUGAAAUAGCUAGUACGGAUUAUUUGAAUAACGUUCUCGCUGUUUCUGGUACAGAGGGAAUUGAAAUCUGGAGACCGAAAUCGCAGAUCCAGUAUGCAUAACAAUGUCAAUAAAUUAAUAAUUUCUAUAAACAUUUCGCUUUUUUAUGCUGUAUACCCUGUAAAUUUUAAUAAAACGAAUGAAACUGAAGCAAAUGUAUACAAAAAAAUUUAAUAAAUGCUUUACUAUAA